CUAGUACGAGAAGCACGUAAUAUACCUGGUAUCACGUUAAUUGAGAAUGAAAUAUUCGUUCGGAUAUAUGAGGGUAUAGAUUUAACGAUUCAAUGGGCCAAUAUUGACACUAUCGAAGAGGCCCCAUCUGCAGACGAUGUUUGGACUUCAGAAACAGAUAAUUUUGAUAUGACAAUUUCUCCAGAGCCAUCUGCAUCAUCUACAUGUACAGUAUUGAAAUUAGCUAUGGACCUUUUAUUGAGGAGAUGUCAUCGGAGACAUUUGCUUAAGCAGCAAGAACGCGUAUUAAACUGGUCUAGAGGUGUGCCUAGAGAUAG